UUUGUUUUUGCGUGACAGAGCAUGUCUGAGCUGAAAGUGUGCUGUCAAUCUGUGUCCUCCAGGUCGGCUGUUUCUGUUGGUGUGGGAGUGAGAGGUGUGGAGGCUGUGAUUAGCGGGCUGAGCCCAUGAGUGAACCUAUGGCAGAGAGAUAGCACAGUGCAGGUUCCUUUGUAUGAGUCUACCAUGGACCACAUCAUCUGCUGCCUGCUCGUCCUGGGAGCCACAGUGAUGAUCGGCCAUGCCUGCCCAAAGUACUGUGUAUGCCAGAAUCUGUCAGAGUCCCUGGGGACAUUGUGUCCCUCCAAAGGUCUUCUUUUCGUGCCUCCAGACAUAGACCGAGGCACUGUGGAGCUCCGUCUGGGAGGCAACUACAUCCUCCGCAUUACACAGCAGGACUUUGCCAAUAUGACCGACCUGGUGGACCUGACCCUCUCCAGGAACACCAUCAGCUACAUUCAGCCCUUCUCCUUUGGUGAUUUGGAAACACUGCGCUCGCUUCAUCUGGACAACAACCGCUUGACGGAGCUAGGCCCUGAUGACUUGCGAGGCUUGGUCAACCUGCAGCACCUCAUCGUGAACAACAACCAGCUGGGAAGCAUCAAUGACAAGGCCUUUGAGGACCUGGCACCUGCCUUGGAGGAUCUAGAUCUCUCGUACAACAACCUGAUGUCUCUACCCUGGAAUUCAGUCCGCCAGAUGAUAAACCUGCACCAGCUAAGUCUGGACCAUAAUCUGUUGGACUUUAUUCCAGAGGGCACCUUCACUGACCUGGAAAGGCUGGCAAGAUUGGACCUGACCUCGAAUCGCUUGCAGAAGCUACCCCCAGACCCUAUCUUUGCCCGUGCCCAGGACUCAAUGAUCCUGACCACACCCUAUGCUCCACAGCUGUCCCUAAGUCUAGGCGGGAACCCACUGCACUGCAACUGUGAGUUACUGUGGCUGCGGAGGCUUGAGAGAGACGACGACCUGGAGACUUGUGCCUCCCCUCCUGCCCUAAAGGGUCGUUACUUUUGGAAUGUGAGGGAGGAGGAGUUCGUGUGUCAGCCACCUCUCAUUACCCAGCACACCCACAGAAUGCUGGUCUUGGAGGGCCAGACGGCUAGCCUACGGUGCGAAGCAACUGGAGACCCUUCUCCUACCAUCCACUGGAUUUCCCCUGAUGAUCGUCUGCUUGGCAACUCCUCCCGAACCGCAGUGUACAACAACGGAACCCUGAGCAUCACCAUCACGACCUCCAAGGACUACGGCACCUUCACCUGCAUUGCCGCUAAUGUAGCUGGGGAGUCCACCGCCUCCGUGGAGGUGUCCAUCGUCCAGCUCCCCCACCUCAGCAACGGCACCGGGCAGCCAGUCCUGCCAAAGUCACGCCUUUCAGAUAUCACAGGGACCACCAGGAUCAGCAAGGGGGCUCCCAAGAGCCAACCUGACAGGACUGUUACUGUCUCCGAGGUGACAGCUGUUUCAGUGCUGGUCAAGUGGACAGUAAGCAAGUCAGCUCCCACGGUGAAAAUGUACCAGCUCCAAUACAACUGCUCUGAUGAUGAAGUUCUGAUCUACAGGUAA